AUGUCGUCCUACGGCUCCGUACUGCCCUCUGCGACACGCGGGAUUCUUUCAUCAUGCCGACCGAGUGCUCGGCACACAUCAAUCGGCUCGGUCCUAUCGGGAUUCCAGCAAGUACGUGGUGCGAAGAGCAAUCCGCAAGCCAAGGGCAAGGGGAAGAAGGAGAGCAAGUCGGACCGCAAAGGUCCUCGUGAAUUCCAACAGAAGAACCUGAAGGACGUCGAGCAAUUUGCUCUCUGUGACGCGAUGCGGUACCUCCGGGCUGUUGAAGUCGGUCGCGAACCUACAACCUCCAAAUACGAAGUACAUAUUCGUCUGCGCACGAGGCGGGAUGGCCCGGUUAUUCGAAACAUGAUCCGGUUCCCGCACGCCGUCCAGACCGAGUCCCGCAUCUGCGUCAUCUGUCCCCCCGGGUCCAAGCAAGCCAGGGAUGCGCUGGCCGCCGGCGCCGUCCUUGUGGGUGAAGAUGAAGUGUUCGAGGCCGUCAAGGCGGGCAAGAUUGAAUUCGACCGGUGUCUGGCUCACCCGGACAGUCUGCCAGCCCUCAACAAGGCCGCUCUGGGUCGUAUCUUGGGUCCUCGUGGCCUGAUGCCCAGUGCGAAGACCGGUACCGUGGUGGAAGAUGUGGCCUCGCGUGUGGAGAUGCUGCGCGGAGGUACUGUCUACCGAGAGCGUGACGCUGUCAUUCGACUGCCCAUCGGCCAGCUGGGAUUCUCCCCGGAGCAGCUGCGUGACAACUUGCGCACCACCAUUGAGCAGAUCAAGAAGGACGCUUCUGGGCUCAAUGACCGUGUGAAUAAGCAGGUCUACGAAGUGGUUCUCAGUUCUACGAACGGUCCCGGAUUCAGCUUGAAUGGCGAGUUCCGGACCGACAACUCACCGGAAACCUCUGCCCUCACCGGCGUGUAA